GACGCGACUUGAACUCGUUGGCUGCCGUCUCCGACUCUUUAUCCAUCCCAUCCUAGCAUUACCUCUCCAUCAACCCUCGGCUCCUGCUGCGCUCCCCCUCGUCGCCCGCCAUGACCAAGUUCAUCGUCGUCAGCGGAGGUGUCAUCUCGGGCAUUGGCAAGGGUGUCAUUGCCUCGUCGACGGGUCUCUUGCUCAAGACGCUUGGUCUGAGGGUCACAGCUAUCAAGAUUGACCCCUACAUGAACAUCGAUGCUGGAACUAUGGCCCCUACGGAACACGGAGAGGUCUUCGUCCUUAAUGACGGAGGAGAGGCUGACCUCGACCUAGGAAACUACGAGCGAUACCUCGAUGUCACCCUCAGCCGCGAUAACAACAUCACGACCGGAAAGAUCUACCGACAAGUCAUUGAAAAGGAACGCCGAGGUGACUACCUUGGCAAGACGGUUCAGAUCGUUCCCCACCUCACGAACGCAAUUCAAGAUUGGCUGGAGCGCGUCGCAUCCCAACCAGUCGACUCGACUGGCCUGCCCCCCGAGGUCUGCAUCGUAGAGCUGGGCGGCACAGUAGGCGAUAUCGAGUCAGCCCCCUUCGUCGAGGCUCUCCGUCAGUUCCAAUUCCGUGUAGGACAAGACAACUUCGCCCUCAUCCACGUCUCCCUCGUUCCCGUCAUCGGUGGGGAGCAAAAGACGAAGCCUACCCAAGCCGCCAUUCGCGACUUGCGCGGGCUCGGCCUCGUACCAGACAUGAUCGCAGCACGAUGCCCGAUCCCUCUCUCGCCGGCGGUCAUCAACAAGCUCUCCAUGUUCUGCCAUGUCGGUCCCGACCAGGUGCUGGGCGUGCACGACGUCGAGUCCACCUAUCACGUACCGCUUCUUCUCGAACAGCAGGGUAUGGUGCGUUUCUUCGAGCGAAGGCUGGGCCUCGAGCUGCGCGGUAUGGAGGCGGCCAAGAAGGACGUCGGGCGUGACUUGCGCAGACGCUGGAGGGAGCUCACGGCGGGCCACGACAGGAUGAUCGACUCAGUCGAGAUUGUCCUCGUUGGCAAGUAUACAUCCCUCCAGGACUCGUACAUGUCAGUCGUCAAGAGUCUGGAGCACGCUGCACUCAGGUGCCAUCGCAAGCUCAAGCUCAAGUGGGUAGACUCGUCCGACUUGGAGCCGCAGACGUCUAGCGACAAUCCGGUACGAUACCAUGAGGCAUGGCAUUCCCUCUGCAGCGCAAAGGGCAUCAUUGUGCCCGGAGGAUUUGGACACCGAGGAACGGAAGGGAUGAUCAGCGCGGCCAAGUGGGCGAGAGAGAAGGGAGUGCCCUUCCUUGGUAUCUGCUUGGGCUUCCAGGUGGCCGUCAUCGAAUACGCAAGGAAUGUCUGCGGAUGGGCAGGCGCCAAUUCGAGCGAGCUCGAGCCGGAGUGCAGCCAUCCCGUGGUGCUCUACAUGCCAGAAGUUUCCAAAACCCACCUCGGUGGUACGAUGCGUCUCGGUCUCCGCCCCUCCGUCUUCUCACAAGGAAGCGAGUCCUGGUCAAAGAUCCGCCGACUCUAUGGCAACGGCGACGUGUGCUGGGAGCGCCAUCGUCAUCGCUACGAGAUCAAUCCGGACCUGGUUGCGCAGCUCGAAGCUGGAGGGGAUGCAGCUGCUGCUGCGAAGGCGGAAAGUGCUUCAACAUCGUCCGCAGCGUCCAACGGACCUACGAGCCCGCGGCUUGGCUAUCCUGGAUCCGACAAUGUCGGCCUUUCUGUCCGCUCCUUCCGUCGUGCGUCUUCGUCCGCAUCGGCCUUCUCGACCCUCGGCUCAGACGCAGCAACAGCGUCCAUUCACGGCAGCGAGCAGAGCGGCGGUGAGGUGGAGCCCUCGACUUCCCUUCGCUUCGUCGGCCGCUCCACCUCCGGCCAACGCAUGCAAAUCCUCGAGAUGCAGGACCACCCGUACUUCGUGGGCAUGCAAGCCCACCCUGAGUUCGCCUCGCGGCCGCUCAACCCGUCUCCGCCCUUCCUUGGACUGGUGGCAGCAGCUUGCGGUAUGGAUGUGCUGGGCGAGCAGUUGGGACGCGGUGGGGAGUACAAGCCCCCGCACCCGAGUAGCAUGAUGGUCCUGGGUCAGGUGGACGGUGAAGCGCGGGCGGAGGAAGAUGCGGCAAUGGCUAAGUUGGGUGGGGAAAAGAAGAAGACUACUGCAGUGCCCGCGCUGAGCGACGCAGCGGCAGGAGAGGGAGCGGCUACGCCUGUUGGGGCCAGGAGCCCCGCGAGGAGGGACAGCGCCGUUGCAGACGCUGCGGCUGCGCAGGGGACCGCGCCCGUGAAUGGUGCGGCGCAGCACUGAGCGCUACGAUACGACUUCUUGCUCGUCACGCAUCUGUUGAGUGCAUUCGAAUCAUAAUAGCAUUG